ACUUUUUCACACAACUGUAUAUAUAUAUAGUUCCCGGUCAGCAAUAAUGUCCAGCCAUGAAGAGCACACAGUUUAAAUAUUUCAGAUCCACCAUAAAACCUGAUGGCUCUCUGCUUUCUGUCCAGGCGCCGAGCCGUCCCCGGCGCUGCUCGUGGCCAGCUGCUCCAGGAGGCGAGUCCGCAAGUGCAGUAAAGAGGGCAAAGAAGCGGGAACAAAGCCGGACGACAGCGCUCCUAAGAUCAAAGGAAGACCUGGUCGCAAACCCAAACCCAAACCAGAGACCUCUUUGAACCCAGAUGGCCGUGAAAAAGCUGAUCCUCCAUCCUCCUCCCCGCAGCCUGCAGAGAGGCCCCAGGCUCCAGCCAAGCCUUCCCAGGACCGGACCUCCUCUGUCCAGAAGGCGGCUCCGGAGAAGCCCCGCCCUGCCUCCCGGCCAAUAAUGGGAGCCCAGGCAAAACCAGGCCGCAAAAGCUCCGCCAUUUCUCCUGCAAGUAGCCCCACCCUUCCCAACCCGGUGCCCCGGAAGGCCAGCUCAGCCCAGCCUGCUGCUCCUAAACCAGGCCGUGCCCUCCCUCCCUCCCUCUACCCCUCCACCUACGGAAAAGUCCUGACCGUGGAUCUGUACAGCGAGCCCAACCUCAGCUCGUACAACAGCCAGCGCAGAGAAAGAGAGAGUCGCAGCAGUGACAGUCCCACCACCAACAGGCCGAUGUCCCGACCCGCUAUGGCACCGUCGUCUACUGCGCCCAAGCCAAGCGCUUCGUUCACACCCAGACCCACUUCUGCUUCGCCCAAAACCAAACUGUCCUCGGACCAUCACAGCGGCUCCAGACCCGGCCACGGCUCUGGACUUCUACCCGGUCCCGUCUCCAGGCUGUCAACAGGCAAACAGGGCUCUUCGCUGACUCCCAGACCUUCAUCAUCAUCUUCAUUGUCGUCAUCAUCUGCACCAAGACCCAAACUGAAGAUGCCGUCCGACCAGCUGUCCUCCAGACCCAGCUCCAUCUCCAGGCCCAAGCCCAACCCGGGGCACAGUGACGCGGGCUCAGUGGUGAGACGCAAGCCCCAGCCUGCAGAGCCCCUCGUGAAGCUGGACCACGAAGGUGUCACCUCCCCAAAGACCAAGAAGACCAAGGCCCUGAUGUUGCUCGAGGGUCGAGGCGUCAGAGGAGAUCACACCCCCAUCACCACGGCCACAGCCAAUCAGGAACUGCUAAAGGUGAGACCAAAAGCCCCGGAUAGAGAGUCUGGCCUGAAAGAGAAAGACUCUGCCUACAAAGCUCCAAUGCUUGCCAAGGAGAAGGCAGAGAGUCGUGGAAGUGCCGGCAGAGGACAGGAGGUGGACACAAGAGAGGAGAAAGGUAAAAAAGAGGAGAGGAAGGCGGUGGAGAAAAGAGAGGAGAGGAAGAUUAAAGAUGAAUCUCAGAGUAGCAGCAGCUCGGAGUCAGAGGAGGAAGGGGAGAAGGGGAAGUUAAAGAAAAAGAAGAAAUGCACCUCGAGUUGCUCGUCGUCCUCUUCGUCCUGCUCUGGUUCCUCCUCGUCUUGUUCAUCAUCGUCCUCUUCGUCGUCCUCUUCUUCCACCGAUGACUCUUCCUGCAGCUCAGAUGAAGAGAGGACCCGUACUCCUCCACCAGGCCCUGUCACCCCACCUCCAGUACAGGAUAAACCGAAAGAAGAGACGAAAGAAGAAGAAGAGGAGGAGGAGGAGGAAGAGCUGAAGAAGGAAGUGGAGGUAAAAGAGGAGGAAGACGAGCUGUCUCCUCCCUCACAAUCUCCCUCCCCUUCAUCCUCUCCGACUCCUUCUGCUCCUGAGCCGGCCAAACCUGCUAAACCAGCGACGGGGAAGGGCUCGGGGCAAAGGGGUCGUCCUCCCAAACCGAAGCCCAGCGGAGGAGAGGGGAAGGUGGGGAGACCAAAGCGGAGAGAGGGCGUCCACCUCCCCACAACCAAGGAGCUGGCUAAACGUCAGAGGCUUCCCAGUGUGGAGAACAGGCCCAAAAUAUCUGCUUUCCUCCCAGCCAGACAGCUCUGGAAGUGGUUUGGAAAACCCACUCAGAGACGCGGCAUGAAGGGCAAGGCUAAGAAGCUCUUCUAUAAGGCCAUUGUGCGCGGGCGAGAGAUGAUCCGCAUUGGUGACUGCGCCGUGUUCCUGUCCGCCGGCCGGCCCAACUUGCCCUUCAUCGGCCGCAUCCAGAGCAUGUGGGAGUCCUGGGGCAGCAACAUGGUGGUCAGGGUCAACUGGUUCUAUCAUCCGGAGGAAACCAACCCCGGCAAGAAACUCACCGACAAGAAGAAUUGGGACCAGAUGUGCGGUCAGUCUUUACCAGCAGCGCUGCACUCGUCUAUCCAGAGGAAAGACUUCAUGGAGCGCGCCCUCUACCAGUCCUCUCACAGCGACGAGAAUGACGUGCAGACGGUCAGCCACAAGUGCCUGGUGGUGAGCGUGGAGGAGUACGAGCAGAUGACCCACACGCGCCGCUACGCCGACAGCGAGGACCUCUACUAUCUGGCCGGCACCUACGAGCCCACCACGGGCAUGAUCUUCAACACCGACGGAGUCCCAGUCAUCUGCUGAACCCACGCAGGACUCCAAGACACCAAAUCACGACUCGCUUAACUUUGGAGCUAACCCCCCCCCCCGGUCUCUUCCCAAGUCUAAUCACUGAUCUUCAUUCAUGAUGGAUCUUUUAAGUAACACCACCACGAUACACUUCAAACAGACUGUCACGAGCAGCAUCAACUACAGAGACUAGAGACACUAUAGACAGUAUUACAAGGACCAAGUCUCCUGAAACCUUUGCACACAUAUAAGACUCCAUCAACACUGUUCUGCUCGUUGUGUUCAAGGGAAAGCUUGAGAAUGCACACGAAGCACCUCGGUCUCCUUUUUACAUGUAAAUAUACCCUGCAUAGACACGCGUGUAAAUACCCACCUCCAUGUAACACACACACAGUUAUAUAUAUAGAGGAAAAUAUGAGUGUUUUAUUUUCAUGUAAUAGAUUUAUGUCAGAGUACUUUUUUCUAAAGAGGUUAACAGUCGAGAAGCUUUAAUGAACUGUGAAUGAUGGUGAGGAGAGAGGCGUCCGUCCGUCCGUCCUCCUGCUGUGGCGGGACGGACGGAUGGACGGACGCACGCGGCGGUGAUGUGACGUUGUGAUUAUGAUGUUGCCGUGGUGAUGUUACAGUCAUAUAAAUGUAUCUACAGAACAGCAGGAGCGACGGACAGAGACAGAGAGAAGUAGCGACUCCUUCCACCGCUGUCCAGCAGAAAGCACUUGACACUUAACGUCUCUCCAAAUUUAAGUUAACCCCUUCAAUUCCCCUUUGACAAUCCUCACCCGGGCAGGCCAACUGUCCGCGUGAUACUAAAACUUCUGACUCCCUCAGAGAUUCGGGCUUAAAGAGAGAGAGAGAGAGAGAGGAAGGAAUCUUGUACUAUGAAAAGCACUUCCCAUUUUCAUCUUUAGUUCCUAUUCUUUGAGGAAGAAUCCACCCUGAGAACAUUUAAA